UAGUGAGGUGCACCAGAGGUGUCCUCAUUAGUGAGGUGCACCAGAGGUGUCCUCAUUAGUGAGGGGCACCAGAGGUGUCCUCAUUAGUGAGGUGCACCAGAGGUGUUCUCAUUAGUGAGGUGUAUAUUUCAAGAGGAAGAGAAAGAACCAGCUUUCCUUGCAUUAGGUUUCUGGUACAUCUUCAAAAUUGGGGAAGGAUUCGACUUAUCACCAUUUCACUCUGCUACUGAAUACAGAAAUUAAAAACCUGAAGAAAUCACUUCGCCCCCAUCCUGAGGUAUCUGCUGUUGCUGAAGGAAUCGACGGCUACAGCUAGCAGGACUUCGGAAGUCAUUAACCUCUGCUCUCUCUACCCAAUGCUCAACUCUGAGGGGGUGUGUCGCGCCAUUGCUGAAGACUUCUAUGACGCUCAUGAAGUCUCAGACAGUAGAGAAAUCGUACGAGUUGAUCCAACAUCGGAAGAAAAUUUACCUGGCAUUACCAGUCUCACUGAGGAACUCAAGAAAUGGGAAUGGAAUUUCGGAAAGACACCCAAAUUUCACCUCACUGCCAUGAGACAUUUCAAAUUUGGAAGAUUAGCUGUGGAAAUGAAAGUGAAUAAAGGGAGGAUUGAGAACUGUUGUUUUCUACUUGAUGGCACUACUGAGAAGCUGUUUGAGCUCCAGAGUUCUAUCAUUGGUUCUAGGUUGGGUAGAGGUGACAUGAAACAACAGAUCUCAGAAUCUCAGGAAUUUGGUUCAAAUUCUGUGGACAUUGUUCAGUGGCUGGACUCACUGUUAUAGCUCUCUAUUGUAGCUAUCAUGUUGCUGUUUCGUAGUAUUGUUUAUGGUUGUAUAAUUAUAGUUCCGCUA